GGGGGCGGGCAACCCGGCCCGCAGGGUCGGCGCCAGCGGGCUGCUGAGGUGGCUGUCGCUCGCUCGGAGCUGCGGGUCGAGCCCCCGAUGGAGGCCGGGGCCGCGGAUGGCCCCUCGGGCGGGGUCGAGGAGGCGCUCAGCUGCUUCUCUUUCAACCAGGACUGCACAUCCCUCGCGAUUGGAACCAAAUCUGGUUAUAAGCUGUUUUCUUUGAGCUCCGUGGAGCAGCUGGACCCCGUCCACGGAAGCAAUGACAUCCCCGACGUCUGCAUCGUGGAGCGCCUCUUCUCCAGCAGCCUGGUGGUGGUGGUGAGCCACGCGAAGCCUCGUCAGAUGAACGUCUACCACUUCAAGAAGGGCACGGAGAUCUGCAGCUACAGCUACUCCAGCAACGUCUUGUCCAUCAGGCUGAACCGGCAGAGGCUGCUCGUCUGCCUGGAGGAGUCCAUUUACAUUCACAACAUUAAAGACAUGAAGCUUCUGAAGACCAUCCUGGAUAUUCCUCCAAACCCGACAGGUCUGUGUGCCCUGUCCAUCAACCAUUCCAAUUCCUACGUGGCCUAUCCUGGGAGCCGGACGACAGGCGAGAUCGUGCUCUACGACGGACACGCCCUGAAGACAGUCUGCACCAUUGCUGCCCACGAGGGGGCGCUGGCCGCCAUUGCCUUCAACGCCUCGGGCUCCAGACUGGCCAGCGCCUCCGAGAAAGGCACUGUCAUCCGGGUGUUCUCGGUUCCCGAUGGGCAAAAGCUCUAUGAGUUUCGGAGAGGCAUGAAAAGGUACGUGACGAUCAGCUCUCUGGCUUUCAGUAUGGACUCGCAACUCCUCUGUGCUUCGAGCAACACGGAGACCGUGCACAUCUUCAAGCUGGAGCACCUCGCCAACAGCCAGCCAGAGGAGCCCUCGACCUGGACCGGCUACAUGGGAAAGAUGCUCAUGGCUGCGACCAACUACCUCCCCACCCAGGUGUCCGACAUGAUGAACCAGGACAGGGCCUUUGCCACCGGGCGCCUGGGCUUCUCUGGGCACAGGAACAUCUGCACCCUCUCUACGAUCCAGAAGCUGCCCAGGCUCCUGGUGGCAUCGUCCAGUGGACACCUUUACAUCUACAGCUUGGACCCUCAGGACGGAGGAGACUGCGUCCUAAUCAAGACCCACAGCUUGCUUGGCUCAGGAACUGCCGAUGAGAAUAAAGAAAACGACCUCAGAGCUUCCUUACCUCAGUCUUACGCAGCAACUGUGGCCAGACCAAGCCCUUCUGCAGCCUCCACGGCGCCAGGUUAUUCUGAGGAUGGCGGGGCGCUCCGAGGAGAGGUCAUCCCCGAACACGAGUUUGCGACGGGACCAGUGUGUCUUGAUGAUGAGAAUGAGUUCCCCCCUAAGGAAGGCUUCCUGCCAGUGAGAGUGCCGAUCACUGAACGAGCUUCCCCAGAACGGUCGCUAGGCCCUAGCAAUUUCGGAGCAGCCCCCGUGUGCGGAGCCGGUGGUAGGGGUCUCGGAGACCAUCAGACCCCAGCCCUGCCCUCAUGCCUGCAGGCAGAGCGAUGGGGUAGCAGGUGGGCUUCUGCAUCUCAGUGCACAAGGAUCGGGGCCUGAGUGCCCCUGGGAUGUUCUUGCAAGAGGGACCAUAUUAGUCAUGUCCUCAUUGGCAGUGAUAGUCCACCGGAGAUGCUAAACAGCUUCCUCUCUCUGUCUCUGUUCUGAACGGUCAUGCCUGUUGCAAACAUCUGUCCAGAAUCCUCCUCUCUACCCACAUGCCUUAACACCUUCCGGGAUCCUGACGGAUCUUGGGGUCUCAGCUUCUCCCGGACACGAGCCUAGGUUUGCUCAGAUAAUCUCCUGAGGGGCUCGCUGGGUCAUCACUGCUGGUCUUCUUUUUUAAAUAUACUGACAGUAACCUGGGUAUGAGCCCUCUCAUCUCCUUAUGAUUGACUUUGCUCCAAGCACAAUGAGGGAAAAGAGGAUUGAUCCUUUCUGGUCCCUUAGAAAGAUGCUGUAUUCAGGAAGAGAGUAGCUUUGGUUUCGGUAACAAGCCAGCUUGACAGGUUUGCAUAUAUUCUGACAUUCGUCUUGCUCUUGGGACCAAGGGUGUUUACUGACCUUUUCAUGGUGAUUUAGCAGUCUGUGUUUACAAGUAAGAUGAGCCUUAAAAAAAAAAAAAAAAAAAAAAAGCUACCCAUAUACACAUCAAUACACGCAUACAUUUUUACGAAAAGUAUUUUCUGAAACUGCCACCUCGUCUACACCUAAAGAAGACGGGUGACUCUUCCGUGACCACACGUGAGGGUCGGCCUGUGGACAGACAGGCGGCAAAGCUCUGCCGGGCCCAGCCUGCCCCCGCCGACCCCGCGUGGGCACAGGUCUGCUGACCGUGCAGCCGGCCCGUCAGCCCCUUCCCGGAAAGAGUAAGGCCGUUCUGUUUUGAU